AUGACAACUAACAUUACUGAUUCCUUGUGGAGGGCGGAUGUCAGGGCUCAACGCUUCUCUAACGCCUCCAUACCUGAGCCUAAUGGGGAGAGCCUGAACGGCAGCCUUUACGGUAUAACAACCAUCAUGGCCAACACGUCACAGUUUCCGGUCAAUACUACGGAGUUCAGGUUAUCUCCCCGUAUACCGCUCUCUUCUAGCGUCGUUCUGAUCAUUCUCUAUACGCUGACUACCUUGGCGGCUCUUUUGGGGAACUCAAUCGUCAUCGUUGUCUUCGCCAAAGGCCGGCGCUCCAACAGCGAUCUGAAGCACUUCCUCAUCAACCUGGCCAUUGCUGAUCUCAUUAUGGCAAUCUUCUGUAUCCCGUUCACCUUCGCCUACCAGAUCACAGAUAACUGGAUUUUCUCAGACUUCAUGUGUCCACUCGUCCAGGGAUGUCAAGUGGUCAGCGUCACCGCAUCGGUCAGCACCAACACCGCUAUCGGUAUUGACCGGCUAAUAGCGGUAAAGUUUCCCCUUCGAAGACGAGUAACGGACUCCAGAUCUAAAGUUUUCAUUGUGGGUAUAUGGAUAUUCGCCAUUUCUUUGGGAGUUAUUCCAUUUUUUAUGUGUCGGACCAUUCCGAAAGAAGAUGGCCGAGUCUCCUGUGAGGAAGUAUUUCUGGACGAGGAUGGUCGAGUUGUGUACGGAUUUUUUAUCACCAUCGUGACGUAUUUUCUUCCAGUGACAAUCUUAUCUGUGACGUACACAAUGAUUGGUCGGUUGCUUUGGCGUCACAAGUUGCCUGGCAACGCCGAUGACCACAGGGAUGCAACACAGCUGAAGGCAAAAAGAAAGAAAUACCAUUAUCAACUACACAUUGUCUCCAUGUUCUGUUUGUCUCUGUUUUACAAUCUGUUGGUUCAUGAUUUUCUAAGACACAAGGUUACACC